UGAAGUUAUUUUAUCAGAUUAAAUCUGUGAAAUAAUUAAUUUCGAUUUUGUGUUUAUUUUUGCAUAUUGUCAAUUAUUAUGAACGGCUCUCUGCCAUUGGCAGAAUCUACCGAACAUUGAAUUAAUUCAAAACUGUGUGCAUAACAGCAUGUAAGUUACCAGUGUCAACGAAACGAACAAUUAUUAAUGAAAAUUCAUCAGCCACAGUCAAUAUGGCAGCAUCAAAUGUUAACAAAUUUGAAGAAACGAAACCAGUACAUCAACCGGGUGUAAUGAAUCGUGCUCGUACAACAAUCAGUACGAUUGGUGAUGCGUGGAAACAAAAGUCGACCGCCGCUACAGCAGCUAAGUUAGCAAAAACCCAAGGUCAAUCGUCACCCACAGCCACAAAUAAAACGAUGGAUUUUUUCACGCUCUGGACACGUCACAAAAAACUCGCCAAUAAAACGAAACUGGAAUUAACGGAUGAAAACUCCGAAGGAAAACCAUCGAAGGAUAAAUCUAAAUACAACGUUCAAGGUUCCAAUUCAUCGCCGACGAAUACGUCAUCGAUACCAAUCAAAAAUGCCGUCAAUCGAGACAAAGAGAAAAACAUUCUCGUUGACAACUCAAACAAACAUCAAAAUAAGAAAAAGGUCACGGAUACAACGACGCUACCGGCCCACACACCGAAAACUAGUAACAUUCACACCAAUAAUAUGCGGAAUAGCAAAGAAAAACGUAGACGUCAUUGCCUAUCGCGCAACACCAGCUUGGACUUGGAUUUAUUGGCACCGGAAAAUUCAACAAAUUUCGUUUCGACUCAAACAUUGGGCCAGUCAUAUGAUGAUAUUAAUGUUGAUUACGGUCAUCAAGUGAUUGUAAAUCAACGACGGAACACAUUCGGCGAAAGUGAUAGGAAACGGAAUGGGAGCAAGACAAACGACAAACAGAGUGCGGGGCAAUGUAAAGACAAUUUGAUGGUUGGACAUAAAAUAAAUGAACAAGAAAAUUAUGUGCUGGAAAAUGAGGAAAUCAACGAAGAUGCAUGUGUUAGGGGUGUUAUUAGAGCGAGACUACGAUUAGCAAAACUAAAUAUGCAAGACGAGCCGCCGGCAGUCAGUAAACCGGGAAUACUACACCGACGCAAUUCAAUUGAUUCGCCAACAACGAGCCGGAACGAAAGUGAAAACUUUUUAAAAUCGGUUGCUGUACCAUCGAAUGCGUUGAAAGAAAAUCAGUUAGGUGUUGCCAGGCCGCGUAAAAAAUUGUCUUUCAAGGAACCGGUUGAGUGUUCUAAGUUUUUGGAUUUGAAAUCCGACACAUUGCCUAGAGCGACGAAAUUUUUAGAACAAUACGAAGAGCAACGGUCAGGUAGCCUCGACUUUGAGUUAGAGUCUCACGCUAUGAGAAUUGUGCGAACGGUUGGCCAAGCAUUCGAAGUGUGCCACAAAUUUAAUCUUCAAAAGAAUUCCCUAGACAACAAUGAUGAUCAUUCGGAUACACCGUGUGAAUUCACCGACAAAUGUUCGGAGUUAAGUGACGACGAUGAUGACAGAAAGAAGGAAGAAGCCCUACCUGCAGCACCGUUGAAACGACCGAGCCAUUUGGACAUAAUGCCAACAUCCAAUUUCAAUUUCCGGAAAACAUCAGACAACGAAGACAAAUCCCCCAGUUCACCACUGUCACCUGGCCAAGAAAUGCAAAAGCUGCGUGAACAAUUGGAACAGCAAGCACUUCAAACCCGCGAAGCCCUCAGCCAAUUGAUGCUUGUGCGCGAACAAUUAAUAACAGAAACAAAUGCCCGAAUAGAGGCUCAGGCUCGUACACAACAACUGCUUCAACAAAAUCGCGAACUUCUCGAGCAUCUAGCUUCACUGGGCGGUUACAAUGAAAGCGACAGACCCGGAUUAACGCCAGCCACAAUAGGAUUAGCGCCACAGCUCUCAUCAACAGCCAAAGUGGCCCGAUGGUUUCAACAGUUAAACUCUAAUCCCCAAUCUCUAUCACGUCCGGAAAGUGGUUUUGUGUCUGGUGAUUCACGGUCGGAACGAAAUCAGGAGGAUCAAACGGAUGCGAACAAGGAUACAGCCGAAGACAUUUGUGACGAAUAUCUGCUGGUCGAAGGAACGAACAAUUUAUGGAGUAAAUUGAGCGCAAAAAAACGACGGAAAUUGUUGGGAAUGAAAUUAGGAAAAAUUACGACUUUUUGAGGGCAUUUGACUUUCAGCGUUUGUUCGCGGGAAACUUUUUUUUAUUGGACAUUAGAAAUCAACUUUUUUGUUUUUGUUUUUAAAUUCUUUUAUUGAUUUUAUCGUUCACAAAAUAAGGUUAAUUUUUUUUGGAAAUUUUGCUGUAGGAAAUUUUGAUAGAAAUAAAUUUUUACAACAGCGACGAAUUCGAUGACGAAAUGCUAGUUUUAAGAUAAGCAAAUGAAAUUUUCAAGCAAAAAAUGCCAUAACAUUUUUAGUGUAAAACGAAAGAUUUGUAAUUAAUUUUACAGUAGACAUUAAGCAAGACCGAGUAGCAGAUAUUAAUUGUAAGGAGUCUAUAGCCGACAUAAGUUAGGGAAAAAAAAAGAAGAUUUGCUAAUCUUGAGUGGCUACUUCGAGGCGUACAGUAAAAUUGUUUCACAAUUUACACAUCUCGAAAUUUGUUCUGUCUGAGUCUUUAAAUAAUACUCAGCCUUACCACGACUAAACCAUACCCAAGAGCGUUCGGCAGUUCAAUCAAUUUAAAUCUCAAACGUCGAAUUCGAAUUUCAUUCAAUAAAGAAAUUCAAGUAAAGCUUGACAGUUUAAAGUUUAAUUAUGUCUUCAACCGCGUCUAUGCUAAAAUUUCGGACAAUUACUUAACAGUCAAAGGUGCCAGCCUAUGAGUAAUCGCUACUUCGCUAAAAAGCCGACAAUAAGAGACUCCGGUACCUAGCUAAAAUUGUAGCCUACGUUUGUGUGCCUCAUAUUUCAUUUUUGAUGAUAUCUUUCCAUCAGAAUCCUUUU